AUGCCGGUGCCGUCGGUGGCAGCCUCUGGAAAGGAGGAAGCGCCAGCGCCGGCGGCGUCAACACCAGCAUCAACAUAUACAGCACCCACGCCAGCAGCAGCAAAACCAGUGCCCUCGCCGUCUAACCCUGUGCUGGCCUCAAAAGAGACACAAUGGCUGUUCACCGACUCAGACCUCCGAUAUACGCCCUCGCUGCUGGACGGCAUGUCGAUGGAGACUGAGCACACACAACGCAGCAAAGGGGUGAACUUCAUCACACAGGUGGGGAUACUGCUGAAGCUACCACAGCUCACCCUCUGCACGGCCAGCGUGUACAUGCACCGGUUCUUCAUGCGGUAUAGCAUGGUCGACCUGCCGCAGAGGCCCGGACGACACCCCUACCCGAUCGCGGCCACCGCGCUAUUCCUCGCAACAAAAGUGGAAGAGAACUGCCGGAAGAUGAAGGAGCUGAUCGUGGCCUGCUGCCGGGUAGCGCUGAAGCAGCCCAACGUGAUCGUGGACGAGCAGUCGAAGGAGUUCUGGAAAUGGCGAGACACGAUACUGCACAACGAAGACCUCCUGCUCGAAGCGCUGUGUUUCGAUCUCCAGCUCGAACAGCCGUACAGGCUACUAUAUGAUUUCAUCUGUUUCUUCCAGGUGCAGGAUGACAAGCGGCUGCGCAACUCAGCCUGGGCGUUUGUGAACGAUUCGACGUUUACGGUGCUGUGUGUUCAGUUUAGCGCGAGGACGAUAGCGGCGAGCGCGCUGUAUGCGGCUGCGAUGCACUGCGACGCGGCGUUUGCGGACGACGAGCUGGGCCGGCCGUGGUGGGAGCAGAUCGACGUGGAUGUGAGAGAGGUGCGGCGGGCGUGUAAUCGCAUGGCGGAGAUAUAUGACAAUUACCCGCUGCCGAAGCCGGGCCAGAAGUAUGCGCCUGCACCCACGCCGGUGAACGGGGAGGAGGCGACGGACUCGACGAGGCGGGUUUUUGCACAGAAUGCAGGGCGGAGAGAUAGUCACGGUGGACAACAGGUGAAUGGGCGCAAGCACGAGCGAGACGAGGAGCAUGAGCCGGGCGAGAUUGUGUCGAACGGGACGACGGACUCGCCGAAACGACAGCGGCGGGAGUCUGAGGAGCCGGCGUCACGGCCUCGAUCAGCGGUGUCUGUGUCAAGGUCACCGGCUGCAAAUGCUACAGCUACAGCUACGGCUACAGCUAAUGCUACGGGCAAUGCUACGGCUAAUGCUACGACGAACUCUGGUGCUCGACAGGUCAGCAACUCUUUCACGAACGCGGCGUCGAAUCUCAACCUGUCGUCUGCCAGCUCGUCCCAGCAGAAACAAGAGGAGGAGGAAAAAGAAGAGGGAGAGGCCGAUGAAGGGGAGAUAGAAGACGGCGAGCGAGAGGAAGGGGAAGCUGACCCUGACCCUCGUCCUCCUCGCAGCCAUAGCCGCGUUCCAGCAUCGUACCAGAAGCAUCUACACCAGCAGCCGGCGCGCAUGGAACAUCCGCUGCCUCCGCCGCCGCCAUCCCAGGCCCAAUCGAUACCCAGCCGCGAGCGUUGA